GCGGGGGUGCCGGGGCAGAGCGAGGCGUGACCCGGCUGACGGGCACCGUGCGGCGGGCGCGGAGCCGGACCCGGCGGCAGCGGCGGCAUCGCUCGGCUCUGGCUCUGGCUCUGGCUCUGGCACGGCGUCUCCUCCACCCCCUCGUGAGCCUGGGGAACCUGCAGCUCAAAGCCGCCGCCAGCCACGCCACCAUGUACCCCGGCAACAAGCGGAAAAAGCUGUGGCGGGAGGAGAAAGAGCGUUUGCUGAAGAUGACCUUGGAAGAAAGACGCAAAGAGUACUUGGGGGAUUAUGUUGCAUUAAAAACUAUUCCAACGUGGAUGGAAGACUUAAAAAGUAAGAGUGAAAGUGAUGGUGAAAAUGCUAAAGAAGAUCUGCAAGGGAAGAAAAGUCUGAGUGAGAAAGUUUCUCUCUAUAGAGGUGACAUUACGCUGCUUGAGGUUGAUGCCAUCGUUAAUGCUGCUAAUUCCAGCCUUCUUGGAGGUGGAGGAGUGGAUGGCUGCAUACACCGAGCUGCUGGGCCCUGCUUAGUUGCCGAGUGUCGCAACCUGAGUGGCUGUGAGACUGGACAGGCCAAAAUUACCUGCGGAUACGACCUACCUGCAAAAUAUGUGAUCCAUACUGUUGGGCCAAUUGCAAGAGGCCAUCUCACUGACACUCAUAAAGAAAACUUAGCAAGUUGCUAUAAGUCCUCUCUGAAACUGGCAAAAGAAAACAACAUCAGAUCAAUCGCCUUUCCCUGUAUUUCAACCGGAAUUUAUGGUUUUCCAAAUGAGCCUGCUGCUGUCAUUGCCCUUAGCACUAUUAAGGAAUGGUUAAGCAAGAAUCACAAUGAGGUGGAUCGUAUCAUCUUCUGCGUCUUUUUGGAGGUUGACUACAAAAUUUUCAAGAAGAAAAUGGGCGAGUUUUUCCCUCUAGGUGAUGCUAAUGAAGAAGGGCCUCAGCUGAGUGAAGAGAGAGAAGGCCAGCCUUCAUCUCCCACAAAGAGCAAAGAAGAGCAGCCUGAGGACCUGCAGGAUGAUGCUGAAGGUGGCAAUGGCACAGUGGACAAGGAAAACACCGAUGAAAGUAAGACAGAGAGCCAAGAAGCAGGUGAAACAAAACCUUCAGCUGUAGCCAGCCUAUCAUCAGAAGACACUGAGCUCAGUGAGAAUAAAGAUUCCCUGAAAGACUCCAAAGGCACGCAGAAAGGUGAUUCAGUGCAUCCUGUGGGGUGUGAACAAGAUCAAGCCAAAGGACAACAGGAUGUUUCUGCAAAUGAGGAGAUAAAAACUGGGGCAGAUUCCCAAGGCUCCUGCAUGGAAAUAGAAGAUCCACCGUUGAACCAAGACACAACAGAAGCUGAGAUUCCUUUGAUACUUGGUGCAGAGGAAAAGGAAGAAGGAAAAGAAGAAGAAGGAGGGAUACAAGAGCAAGAGGAAACUUCCGUGGAGCCUAUGAAAAUUGACCUUGCAAGUCAAGCAGCAGAUGUUUCAAAUAAGGAUGCUGAAAUGAAUAGUCAAGUUGAAAGUAUAAACGAUCCAAUGGAAACAGAGCAGAAACCUUAAGUAACAGGAAGGAUGCAGGAGAGGAGAGACCCAUGGAAACCCUACGGGCAGGCGCUGACAUCCUCCAGCAUCAUUCUUGGCCGAAAAGAGCACACAGAGAUGAUCAGCGGGUUGGGAGGGGGGGAGCUUUUGGGGGAAUGAGUCUUUGCUAUUAAUUUCUCUUUGUUCUUCAUUGCAUUUCAUUCUGUAAGUCUGUUGGAAAGAAUCAUAACUUCCCAGGUCUAACAAUGUUUUGCAAUUAACCCUGCGUUUACAACAGUUUCUUCUGAAAUGUGAGUCCCUCUCUUAUCUUGGGUCUUUUUUCCUCCUGCAUCAUACCAUCAGUAGCCUGUUUCCAGGCCCACCCCUUUUCUAGCAUCUUUAUCUUCUUUCCCAUGUUCAGCCUAUGCUGUGCCACGUCCUUACAUGUGAAUAACACAUGUGGCCUCAAACAGCCAACACCCUAAAUCCUGCUUUUUCCAGUUAGUUCUGCACAUCUCAAAACCAGUGCUGUAAGUAUGACCUUUGGGUACAGGUAGACAACAGACAUUUCAUCAAUGCUGGAAAGACUCUGCAUUGGAGGCAUCUUUAAAUACAGUUCCCAGCUUUAACAGCUUCACACAGUAGCUUUUGUGAGCCCUCAUUACAUUUUCCACCACAUAUGCAUGGAUUUUUCUUUUUUUUUUUUAAAGCAAUUAACAGUUAUUUGAAUAAGAAUGUCUCUCCAUAUGUCAAUUUUUCUGCCAGUAAAUGCUGCACUGAAAUUUUUAGAAAAGGAACAAAAGGUUUUCGUGUGCAUAUCCCAACUGUACUGUAACCAAAACUGAUGGAAAAUACACUGGAUGGAAAAGCAUGCAACCUGUGUCCCUAGUGGGAUGUGCUACAAACAGGAUUUUUAAAUGCUGCUAAGACUAAUUUGGUCAUUUUAAGCACAGUAAUUGAUUCUAAUUUGAUAAUUGUGAUAAAAUAAUUGGUUCUGUACUCCUUUUUUCACCCAAAAUAUUCCUGAAUCACAGAACAGGUAUUUAAUAUCUGGCCAUGAAAAAAAGUAAAAAAAAAAGGUAAGACAUAUCUCUAUCCUCCUGUGAUCUAGGUUCAUCCCAGCUAGAGCAGUUUUAAUGAUAAAUCCUGUGAUGGAGUAACAGCAAGUCAAGGGUGACCUGAGUGUACCUAACAUGGGCUAUGACAGUCAAUGGUUGUUGUUAAUUCAAAACGGUGUCAAGGAAAAAUAAGGAUUAGAAAGGAAAACAGGAAAAGCAUCAGGGAAGGGUAUUUCUGUGUGCUGUCUCCAGUGGUACAUUCACCCAGGUGUGACUAGCGCCAGAGGGGCUCUCAAGGAGCUUCUUCAUCACCUGGAGUGGAUGGACAACUCCAAAUUGGAUCAAUUGUAGGAGUAAAUGAGCUAAUGUUAGUCUAUUAAUUGGUUUGAGAAUUUCACUAAGAUUACCUGUAUUUGGUAGCUACCAUUCCUUUGACUCUUGUUUCCUCCAAAUACUCUUGAAGGGACUCCUUGUUCCCUUUGAGGUGCCUCUGAUGCUCUCCUUUCCCAGUCUUGGGGUCAUGCUUGGCAGAACGUGUCUUUUGGGAUGUGGACUCUUCUGCAUGGUCCCUGGUGUUUCUGUGUAUUUCUCAUACUGUGUAAUUAUAAUUGAAACAGGCUGUCAUAAUAGGUCAGUCAGGAGUGGAUAAAUGCAUCAGGAGGUGGUGUAACUGUGGGAACUCCAACAGACCAUCCAGUCCCUUGAAUGUAGUUCUGUACCCCUUCUGAUUGUGCUUCCCCAUGGCCAACAUUAACAUUAGCCAAGAAUCUUUUUUCACCAACUUUGGCUUUAGCAAGGGAGCCAAAGGGACAGCCCCACAGGAGGUUGGGUGGUGAGGUGUGGUCAUUCAGAAGGAGAUAAAGAUUCCUUAAAUGUCUUGCGAAGACUGACUGGCAGUUAAAGAAAAAAAAUUAGCUGCAAAGAUGCAUCAUAUUAGAUUCUCUCUAGCCCCUGCCAGUAAUAUCAUUUUGCUUUUUAUUUAACCUUGGUAGACAAUAGCAAGUCUUCGAAACAACCAUUUGCCCAAUGAUGUGUCAGCAAAGCAUGAAGUCCAGAAAGUGUAAAGCAAGGAAACCUAUGAGUAGAUUAAGUCCUUACUGUACUAUUUGCAGCCUUGUUCAUAUCUGUCUUCCUUUGGGUGGGUUUUGAUUUAAGUUGUUGGCAUUUUUCACUACUCAUAAAGUGAGUAUACGUUGGCAGCAUGAGUUCUCAGCUGUGUUAAUAAGCUGAUGCAGUCAGUCUCUGAUGUUCUUCUGGAGAUGCAGAAAGGUAAGGAGCUGGUUUUGUAGAAGAACAAAUGUUAGUUGGAGAACGACCAUACUGAUAUUUAUGUCAAGAAUUUUGAUUUAAACUCAAAAUGUAUUCACAGUAGGUGGUGUAAAGGGAGUAGCAGCUUUUGGGUGCUGCUGUUUGCAUUCAACGUAAGAGGCUGUGCUUGAUUGUUGUUUCUCCUGUGCCUGAAAGUGCUCAUCCCUACCAUUAGGCACAAUAUUCCUCAGGCUGGUGACUGCUCCCAUGAUGACAUCCAAAGGUGAUACUGAGACAUAGUCUGUAAUAAUGGGUCACUGCAGCUAAUUGUCACUCUUUCUAUAAAGCACUGAGAAAGCCUCUCUUUGAAUUAACACUGUUCUGCUUUAGGACUUGAAUUAAAUUAUAUUAAAAAAAAAAGUUUUCUCUAUAUGCAGUGCAUGCCAGCUUUGCUUUUAAAAUUACAAAAUUUAACAGAGUACGUGGAUCUAUUUUCUUGGGGAAUAGGGAUUUUUAUCAUAUUGUUCAUCCAGGAUUUGCCUUACCCUGACAUUUGUGAUAUAAGUUUUAAAAAAAAUGUAAAAAUUGAAAAAGGUAAUUUUCUUGACCAAAAAAUAUGUUUUUACUUCAAUGCAAAGAAAUGUAGAAUGUUGCUUGCAAAAUGUCUUCUAAUAGAUGGUCUAGUAGUUAUCUGGGUUAACAUAUGCCUUUCUUGUUACUUUGUCAUUUACAUGCUCAACCUGAGUCUCGUUACUUUCCUUGUAACCUAAAGAACCAAUGCCUUCAUAACUACCUUGUUAAAGCAAAUAGUUAAUAAAGCUUGUCCUGAAGAAAAGGCAA